AUGGCGUCAAGGAAGAAGGUCCUCCUCAAGGUUAUUAUCCUUGGUGACAGUGGUGUGGGAAAAACAAGUUUGAUGAACCAAUAUGUCAAUAAGAAGUUCAGUGGAAGCUACAAGGCCACAAUCGGAGCAGAUUUCCUCACGAAGGAGGUUCUCGUUGACGACCGACUCGUGACAAUGCAGAUCUGGGAUACUGCGGGCCAAGAACGGUUCCAGUCGUUGGGAGUCGCCUUCUAUCGUGGAGCCGACUGCUGUGUCCUGGUUUAUGAUGUGAACAACUCCAAGAGUUUCGAGGCUCUCGACAGCUGGCGAGAUGAGUUCUUGAUCCAGGCAAGCCCGAGGGACCCAGAGAGUUUCCCAUUCGUUGUUAUCGGUAACAAGAUCGAUGUAGAGGAGAACAAGCGUAUGAUCUCCUCAAAACGGGCCAUGACUUUCUGCCAGUCGAAGGGUAACAUUCCCUACUUCGAGACCAGUGCCAAGGAAGCUGUCAACGUCGAGCAGGCGUUUGAAGUUAUCGCGCGGAGUGCACUUGCCCAGGAAGAGGCUGAGGAAUUCAGCGGUGAAUUCAGCGACCCAAUCAACAUCCAUCUGGACAAUGACCGUGAUGGCUGUGCCUGUUGA